AUGAAAGAAGUGACAAAGCUCAGCCCAGAGAAAAAAUUGUAUUUCAUACCGCAUCAUGCCGUUGUAAAACCAGAUAGUCUAACAACCAAAUUGAGAGUAGUGUUUGAUGCAUCGGCCAAAACGAGCUCUGGAAGAUCCCUCAAUCAAUGCAUGCACAUUGGAGCUCGCCAACAAAGUGAUCUAUUCGAGAUAUUGAUACGUUGGAGACGACACAAAAUUGCAUUCAAGGCCGACAUCGAGAAAAUGUAUCGGCAAAUAAAAUUGGAUACAGAAGAUCAACGUUACCAUACCAUAUUGUGGAGAGAGCAGCCGGCUACGCCGAUAAAAGAAUACCAAUUGACAACAGCGACAUUUGGAACAGCAGCAGCACCAUUUAUGGCCACAAGAACGUUGAGACAGAUUGCGGACGAUGCAAAGACAGAAUAUCCAUUGGCGGAACAUUUGAUCAAAAACGAUUUCUAUGUCGAUGAUUUUAUAUCAGGAAGCAACAGUUUGGAAAACGCAAUCAAAGAAAAGGAUGAGGUGAUCAAAGCAUUGCAAUCGGGAGGAAUGACAUUACGAAAAUGGACAUCGAAUGAUCAAGCAUUUCUCAGGACGAUUCCAGAUGAACAAACAGAAAAGGUGCUUCAAUUGAUCGGAACCGAUGACACAAAAGCACUGGGAAUACGAUGGAAUCCACGAACGGACCAUUUUGGUUUUGAAGUACAAUGGGCAUCAGACAAACGAGUGACAUCAAAACGUGAAUUGUUGUCAGAAGCAUCCAAGCUGUACGAUCCAUUGGGGUGGUUGGCACCAAUCAUGAUUAAGGCAAAGUUGAUCAUGCAACAGACAUAUACGAAGGAAAUUGGGUGGGAUGAUCCACUCCCAGAGUCGAUAGUGGAGCAAUGGAGUCAAUUCAAAAGUGAGUUACCAUCCGUUACAAAAUUGAGAAUCCGAGAUGGAUACAGUUGA